GAACCCCACCCUUCCCCCAUGACCUCUUGAAUCUGUUUGGGAAUUUCAAAAAGAGGAGACAACGAAGGAAGACCACUCCCGGAAACUCUUGUACCCUAAAAAAUAAAAGUGCCGCACAACAGUGGGACAAAUAUUUGCAUUCUCUCUAUUAUGUGGUACAGUGUACCACCCCGAACGUACAUUAAGGGCCGUUUGAAACGGCACUGUUGAGUGUUAAACUUUUAAACUGUGGGGCACUAUGUAAUACAGAUAAAUGCUUCGUCAUUUAAAUCUAACCGGAAAUGCUUCCGCGUUGCCGUUAACUUAUAUUUAAAUAUUCGCGUUCUUAUGUGUCAUGACUUUAGCCUCGAGUUCCGCGCUAAACCUCCAGAAUGCGGCGUUACAUUCGUGCACUGCUGAUGUGCACCGUGUUUGCGGUAUUUUCGGGAUUGUACGUUUAUAGUGCACUUUUUGACGCGGAUGUGUCGGCCGGGGCAAACGGGGUGAAGACGAUUUACGUCCCCCCGAAAGUCCCGCGACCCGGGCAGGAGGACCCGGACGAAGCGGGACCACAAAGCUCACAUCGACACAACAGGUACAUCAUGCGUCAGCGGGGCGAGCUGGAGGUCGGCGGCCAGAGCAGACCUCCCCCCAGCAUGCACUUGGCUGUGGUGGCCUGCGGCGAGCGCCUGGAGGAGACUGUCACCAUGUUUAAGUCGGCUGUGCUUUUUAGCUUCAAGUGCCUCCACUUGCACAUCUUUGCUGAAGACCAGCUGCACGCCAGGUUCAUGGAAGCAUUGGAAUCCUGGCCCGGUUUUAUACGCUCCAGGUUCAACUACACCGUCUACCCCAUCCGCUUCCCCAGUGAGAAUGCGGCAGAGUGGAAAAAACUCUUCAAGCCCUGUGCCUCCCAGAGACUCUUUCUACCUGUGAGUAACAAUCACCACUGCAGCUUUGAGAGAACGCAUUCUUGUUGGCUCAUUCUUGUUUUUGAUGCGCAGCUUAUCCUGAAGGACAUUGAAUCUUUAGUCUACGUGGAUUCAGACAUCCUCUUCCUACAGCCUGUCGACCGUCUGUGGGAUUUUCUAUCUCGGUUCGAUUCCGCGCAGCUGGCCGCCAUGGCCCCUGAGCACGAGGAACCCCGCAUCGCUUGGUACAGUCGCUUCGCCCGGCACCCGUUUUACGGCAGAACAGGCAUCAACUCGGGGGUCAUGCUCAUGAACCUCACAAGGAUGAGGAGCAUGUUUUUUAAGAAUGAUAUGACCUCCGUGGGGCUCAGAUGGGAGGAGCUGCUCAUGCCACUGCUUCAAAAAUACAAACUCAACAUAACCUGGGGGGACCAGGAUCUUUUAAACAUUAUUUUCCACUACAAUCCUGAGCUCCUGCUGGAGUUUCCGUGUCAGUGGAAUUACCGUCCGGAUCAUUGCAUCUACGGCAGCAACUGCGCUUCCGCCGAAGACAACGGGAUCUACAUCCUGCACGGAAACCGAGGCGUGUACCACGACCAUAAGCAGCCCGCCUUCAAAUCGGUCUACGAGGCCAUACGAAAGUACUCGUUUGGUGCCGAUCCGGUGUCGUCCCUGCUGGCCCCGCUGGAGGAACAACUGCUGAAAACCACGCACACCUACUGCGGAAAAUCCCACGCGCUCUUCACCAAGGCGCUGGUGCACAGCCUGGCCGGCAUUAACGGGAAGGCGGUGCGCUUGCGGUGACACGGGCGUCAGCUGCAUCACACAUCUGGCACCUCUGUAGGGUGCACCUGAUGAGCCAUUUUUCAAUUAUGAUUAUUUUUGUUUCUAAGUUUGAACUUCUCUUCCAUUGUUACGCUCCCCAUGUUUUGUUUUUUUUUUCCUGACUAAAUGCAAAAACCUCAAAGAGAAAGCCGUUUACUUUCCAUAUUGGAGAAUAUGUCAACCUGUAUCAGAGAAUGAAACAAAUAAUGUAGUUUUUUUAAGGAUGUCACUCCACUCAAGUGUGUCUAUUUUUAUGUUGUUGUUUUUUUCCCUUUCCAACUGUGAAUUUACGUUAUUUUUGUUGGACUUGUGCUGCAAACUCUUCAAACCAAAGUAUUACAUUUUUUUUCUUUCAACACAAUUGAAUGUAAAAUGUACAAAAAAAUAAAAAAUAAAAUUGAGUGUAAUCA